UAUAGAUGUUGAAGGUGAUGGCAUGGCAGACAUGGCGUUUCGUUGCAUUCAGGAAAUGGAUAUUGAUAAUAGGAUGAUGCUUUACCAGCAUAUUGUCCUCAGCGGUGGGAGUACCAUGUAUCCUGGAUUGCCUAGCCGCCUGGAGAAAGAAAUACUCGACAGAUACCUUGAAGCAGUAUUAAAGGGAAACAAAGAUGGCCUAAAGAAGCUUCGCUUGAGAAUCGAAGAUCCUCCGCGAAGAAAGCACAUGGUGUACCUAGGUGGUGCAGUUCUUGCCGGAAUCAUGAAGGAUGCUCCGGAAUUUUGGAUUAACAGGCAGGACUACCUGGAAGAAGGGCUGGCUUGUCUGAGGAAAUGUGGACAGGUCUGACCAUUUUGGAAGAAGUGUAAUGUAUGCUUUAAAAUAAUGUUCAUUGUUCAUAUAAGGUGUCAGCUUGUGCUUAGAGGCUUUAUGUUUGCUACUGCAUCUUAAAUGUAUGUUCAUUCUUGAUUAAAAUUUACGCUGAGUUUUUAUUAUAUGUUCUUACUGCCUUAAAUUUUUCUGGU